GGCGAGUGCGACGUGAGCGAAAAGUGCACGGGGACAUCGAGCGCAUGCCCUGCCGACGGAUUUGCGGGUGCGACGACCAAGUGCACGGGCACGAGCAACGGCGGCGCGUGCGACGACCAGGACGUCUGCGACGGCAAGGGCAACUGCGUCGACAAGUACCGACCGUCUACCGUUGUGUGCCGCGCCGCCGACGGCAGCUGCGACGUCGCCGAGACGUGUACGGGCUCGUCGAGCGCGUGCCCGGCCAAUGCGUACGCCUCGACCUCGGUUACAUGUGCGGGCAAGUCGAACGGUGGUGCGUGCGAUGCGCAAGACUACUGCGACGGCAAGGGUGGCUGUGCGGACGCGUACCAGAACUCCAAGUUUGUGUGCCGCGCGUCCAAGGGCGACUGUGACGUGGCCGAGACGUGCUCGGGGACUGCGGGCUCGUGCCCGACCGACGGCUUUGCCUCGACCGCGGUCAAGUGCACGGGUACCUGCAACGGCAACCCGUGCGACGAUCAAGACUACUGCGACGGGAAGGGCAACUGCAUCGACAAGUACUUUGCGUCCGACAAGGUGUGCCGCGCGUCCAAGUGUGACUGCGACGUGGCCGAAACCUGCAAUGGAACGUCUGGUCAGUGCCCUAUCGACGGCUUUGCGUCCACUUCGGCCAAGUGUUCUGGCAAGUCGACUGGCGGUGCGUGCGAUGCGCAGGACUAUUGCGACGGGAAAGGCAACUGCGUCGACAAGUAUCAAGACUCCAAGUUUGUGUGCCGCCCGGCCAAGGACGCGUGCGAUGUCGCCGAAACCUGCUGCGGCUCCAAGGGCGCGUGCCCGGCCGACACAUUCGCGGGUGCGACCACCAAAUGCACGGGUACCUGCAACGGCAACCCUUGCGACGGCCAAGACUACUGCGACGGAAAAGGCCAGUGCGUCGACAAGUACCUGCCGUCUGGCACGGUCUGCGGCACCAAGGGCAACCCGUGCAUCUUGGCCGCCACGUGCACGGGUGACAUGGGCUUUUGCCCGCCCGAUGACUUUGCGCCGCCGUCGACGUCCUGCACGGGCACCAAGAGCGGCGGCGUCUGCGACGGCAAAGAUCUCUGCGACGGCGAGGGGUCGUGCAUCGACAAGUUCCUCAACGGUGUCGUGUGCCAAAAACCCGUCGGGUACAACCGCCCGACCUACUGCAACGGCAAGACGUCGAGUUGCCCGGUCGCGAGCUUUCUCAGUUUGCGCGAUGCGAGUGACGACGACGUGGCGGCCACCGAGCAGUUGCUGGUCGCGAUGCAGUCGUCGUCGCCGAUGGUGCUGCUCGGUCUUGUCUGCGUCGUGGCCGCCGGCGUCGCGCUCGUGACCGUACGCCAGCAGCAUCGCGCGGCGUCGCAGCACGACUACAUGGAGCUCUCUAUGUAA